CUGCCUCUCUCUUACGUUCGCGGUCGCCACUCCUUGGGAAUCCUAAUUCUGCACCAGCAAAAUCUCCGUCGAUUCCUUACUUCUCCGACUCCGACGAUGAGGCCGAUACUGAUGAAAGGGCACGAGAGGCCCUUGACUUUCCUCAAAUACAACAGGGACGGCGACCUCCUCUUCUCCUGCGCCAAGGACCACAACCCCACCGUCUGGUUCGCCGACAACGGCGAGCGCCUCGGGACCUACCGCGGCCACAACGGCGCCGUUUGGUGCUGCGAUGUGUCCAGAGACUCCGCCCGCCUCAUUACCGGCAGCGCCGACCAGACCGCCAAGCUGUGGAACGUUCAGUCCGGUCAGCAGCUUUUCACCUUCAAUUUUGACUCGCCGGCGAGGGCUGUCGACUUCUCCGUGGGCGAUAAGCUCGCCGUCAUCACCACCGACCCCUUCAUGGACGUUACGUCGGCGAUUCACGUCAAGCGUAUCGCCGGAGAUCCCGAAGAUCAGAUUGGUGAAUCGGCUCUGAUACUCAAGGGACCUCAGGGAAGAAUUAACAGAGCUGUUUGGGGCCCUCUGAACAGAACUAUCAUAAGCGCCGGAGAAGACGCAGUUGUUCGCAUUUGGGAUUCUGAGACUGGUAAACUACUUAAGGAGAAUGAUCCGGAAGCGGGUCACAAAAAGACCAUAACUUCGCUUGCGAAAUCUGUGGAUGGUUCACAUUUCCUCACCGGUUCGCUAGAUAAAUCUGCCAAGCUGUGGGAUACUAGAACGUUGACUCUUAUCAAGACCUAUGUGACAGAGCGUCCUGUCAAUGCCGUUGCAAUGUCUCCUCUUUGUGAUCAUGUGGUACUUGGUGGUGGUCAGGAUGCAUCAACUGUCACCACAACUGAUCAUCGUUCUGGGAAAUUUGAAGCCAAAUUCUAUGACAAGAUUCUUCAAGAAGAAAUUGGAGGUGUUAAAGGGCAUUUUGGACCUAUAAAUGCUUUGGCGUUUAAUCCCGAUGGAAAAAGUUUCUCAAGCGGAGGUGAGGAUGGUUACGUACGUUUACAUCACUUUGAUUCUGAUUACUUCCACAUCAAGAUUUAGAUCUGCAGCUUGGUAUUAAUUCUCACUUUGGAGUUUCGGGAAAGGCUAUUUCUCCCUUCCUAAACCAGCCGCAUCGAGCAAUUACUUUUGUAGUUCUGGGAUUGUGAUUAACAACCAUUUUCUGUGUUUGCUUCUUGCUGUUGGAAGGAACACAGUUCUGUAGAAGAUUUAUAGAGUUAAUUUGUUCCAGUAACUUUUUAAUUAGAAUUUGACUUAUAAUCUUAUCAUCCGUCGUUGAACUUUAUGAGAGCAACGAAUUACACAGUA